GAAGAGGAUCGUUACGGUGUGUCGUGCUGGGAAUCUUCACUCCUCCGUCAGCAGCGAGAGGUCUCGUCUCCGCCGUCAGGAGCGAGAGGUCUCGUCUCCGCCGUCAGGAGCGAGAGGUCUCGUCUCCUCCGUCAGGAGCGAGAGGUCUCGUCUCCUCCGUCAGGAGCGAGAGGUCUCGUCUCCUCCGUCAGGAGCGAGAGGUCUCGUCUCCGCCGUCAGGAGCGAGAGGUCUCGUCUCCGCCGUCAGGAGCGAGAGGUCUCGUCUCCGCCGUCAGGAGCGAGAGGUCUCGUCUCCGCCGUCAGGAGCGAGAGAGACGUGCACCCGCAGGAGAUGAAGACACACUACCACGCCGCCCUGAUCCUGGUGUCGUCAACCAGUCACGUGCCCAAAUACGCCAAAGACUAAAGAGAAGGCUGGUCCUUGGAGAAAAUAAGUUAGGUCAUGUAACUGAUAAUGACACUGAAAUAAGUAGCAUUCUAAGUACUAUGUUUCUGUACGUGCUAGAGAGGAACUUGAUUACAACUGAGCCAAUCAUAUAUGAGGCAGUUGACAGUGGUACCAAUUGUCACGUUGCGUACCUUGACUUCAGCGAAGGUCGUCGGGAAGCGACACUGCGGCACUACGAGGCGGCCCUGAGGCUGGACCCGGAGCACACCGUGGCCCUGGUCAACACCGCCACACUCAUGCUCACUCUACACAACAACAAUCAGGCCGAGAUGCUUUACAAGAGGGCGCUGGCGGUGGCCUGGGAGGCGGAGAUCGGGGAGAGCCUAGGGAAGCUGUAUCUCAACACUGGUCGCCUGGAGGAGGCGGAAUCUACCUUCACCAGUGUCCUCACCCGCCAUCCCCACAUGCUCUCCUCCACCGUGUACCUGGCGCGGGUGAAGCUUCAGCAGAGGAGCUACCUGGAGAGCGAAGAGCUGCUGCAGAAGGUGCUCGACCAGUCCCCCGGCCACCAGGAGGCGCUCUUCCACCUCUCCCUCCUCUACACCCACACCAACCGCACUGAAGACGCUUUCACUCUCGCCCAACAAGCCGCCCACAACUGCUCGAGGCCGCCCUACCUCUGCGCCCGUCUCCACGCCCACUAUGGAGACCUCCUCAACGACAGACAUAAUGUAGAUGAGGCCGCCCAGAGUUACCUGCUAGCAGUGGAGUUGGAACCGACGCUCACCCACCCGCACAUCAACCUGGGGGCCCUCUACCACGCUAAGGGCGACUACACCCGCGCCUGGAGACACUACCUGACGGCGCACGGGCAGGAGCCCUCCAACACCCUCCUGCUGGAGAACAUGGAGAAGCUGAGACGGGCACAAGACCUCCAGGCACCCGCCAGCAUCCCCCACUGCCUCAACAAGUCCUGAUAUACAUUCCAAGACCCAAAGGUCUCACUCGAAUCCUUUCUGAGCACUAUUUUAGAUUAAUUGAUUUUUAUAGAAACGGAUCAGAAUUUGUUUAUCAU